ACUCUGGUUUUUCUCAAACAUUAAACAUUGUGUUGGUGCGCGAGGUAGAGGAGAAAGGUGGAAUGCGUCAAAUGAAAAUUUCGCUAGGAUGGAUUUGUUUAACAUCCUUUACCUUUUUUAUGGUAGAGGCAGUUCCGUUGACUGAACGCAAGAUGAGGCAAGUGAGUGUAUGUAAAUCUGGAUGUGAAGCUGGCUACCAGGUAAACCAUGCUUGCUGUAAAGCACCAACAGAUUGUGCAGAAAGCGAUUUUUGUGAAAGAUGUGUAGAUGGAACAUACUUGUUAGGGGAAGGAAUUGAGGCUUAUUGUAAUAGUUGUACUGUAUGUCAGUCAAAUGAAGUACAACUGCAGAACUGUACAAAGACUACUAAUGCAAAGUGCGAGUGUAAGCCUGACUACUACAGGAGCUCUUCACAGAUAUGUUUAAAAUGUCCUGAAUGUAUCAAAGCUGAUUGUCCAGAUGGCUGUAGUCCAAAAGAGCCACCACUGCAAGGUAUCCCUACUUCAACAAUAGAACCCAAUGUUAGCAACAUCCGCCAUGAUCUACCUCAUCCAACUGACUUAACAACUCCAACAAAUGUGAGGGAAAUGACAUCAUCAACAAUGUCCUCUAUAAAAGCACUUGAUGGCGAGCCUGAGAUUGAGUCUUGGUGGAAACCAAAAGUUUAUAUUCCUCUUAUCGUACUUAGUCCAGUUUUUAUACUUGCUAUUGUUGGAUUUGCUACAAAAGUGUUAUGUUGUUGGACUGAGAAAUCCAAGACAUUUUGGACCAAUUACUGCCCUUGCUUUCUAAGAUGUGGUUGCUGCAAUCCUAAUGAUGCAAGCUCAUUACCAAGAAGAAAUGAAGAUAAUGAAAACAACUAUGUGAUAAGCAAUAUUUUGUUCUGUAGUUGUUUUUCACCACCAGAUAAUAAUCAAGAUAACAGACGUAACCAUGGUAAUAGAGAUGAACGUCCGCAGUCAGAUACCAAUGGAAAUAAUGCUGUUUCUGGACAAAACGAAGAAAGAAUUGCUUUGCGUGAUAUUAAUUCGUCUAAUGAACAGAAUACUAAUCAACAGAAUGCUGAUGUAGCUGAUGGCAUUCCGAAUGCUGAAGCGCAGCCCCUACUGAACCAGGGCAGGAACGAUUCUGCCUCUGGAAGCAAUGUACAAAAUGGUGCUUCAGUUGUGAAAUUAGGCCCACCACCAAAGUCAAGAAGACGACUAAGUUCAUCCAAUCUUCCACCAGUGCCUGAGGAUACUGAAGUUCAGAGCACUGCCAGUGAAACCUUUGUUUUACCUGAUUGGUGCUUCAGUGAUGCAAGUCGAGUCACAAAAGAUCAUAUUAGCGUACUCUCACGCAAGAUAGGUAGCAAGGGAAUAUUGGUUGCUGGACUGCUGGACUUGCAUAAGGGUGAAGUUGAAAAUAUUGAGCACAACCACAAAUCGGACUUGGUGAGACAAAAUUACGAAAUUCUAUAUUUGUGGCUGGACAAAAAAGGUGUGGUUGCUACUAAGAAAAUAUUAGCUAAAGCACUUGUAAAUGUUGGAAUACCACAAGAGGCAACUCACUUAUGGCCAGAUAGAGAACUUUAUCCAGUGACACCAACAACUCCGCAGAAUGAGUCAGUUUUCUGGAAAAGAAGAUCAAGCAACGACACAAACAUCAAAGUUGAUACAUCGGCAUUUGAUAAGAUGGAUUGGACCGACCGGAACACAUGGUAUACUAUUACCAAACAGAUAAGAGAUAAUGACUAUGGCGGCUUCCAACAACUUUGCUUUGCCUGUGGCGGGGUGGAACUUAAACUCCCCAAAUAUAAGCGUCUCAAAAAAUUUCCAAAUUUAAGUGAUAAUUUACACCUUAAAAUUGAUAAGUAUGCCAAUACUCUGAUGAAUUCUGACCUUCAAACUCUUACGGCGAUUGUGGUUGCCAACAAUGGUAAUUGCUUGUUCUCCACUGCGUCCAUCAUAGCAUUUGGCUCUUCAAAUCAUUGCUGCCAGUUACGUCUACGUACUUUCAUUGAACUCUGCUACCAUAAGGACUAUUAUCUACACCAAAAAUCACUCAUGCAAUGUAUAAAAGCAGAGUAUUCAUUGACCAAGAUGGAGGAUGAUAACAAGUUAAGCUAUAGUGCGAUCGAAGGAAUUUAUGAGGGUUGUGUGAGGGAUACCUUGAAUGAAAAUUUACCAUUUAGUUUGCAUGGAAAUUCCAUACAGCUGUUUGGAUUAGCAUCUGUGCUGGGCUGCAACAUUCAGACUGUCUAUCCUACCAACGAUCAAAACCCAUUAAACGCACUAAUCCCACCCCGUGACUUAAGUAUUGAAAACCCAAUAACAGUUUAUGUGAUGUGGUCUAGGCACACACCUCUUAGUGAAGAUGAACUUUUUCAUCCAAAUCACUUCGUGCCUCUUCUGAAAAAAUAAUCAGUGUUUUCUGGGCCCUUCGAGCAAAUAAACCCAUUGCCAACUUGAAUUGAAGCAGUUGUUUCUGUUAAUGUAAUUGCCCAUGUUUUCUUUGUUCCAUUUUAUAAAAAGGUUCAGAAAAUUAAAUUUUACUGUAACAAUGUUUUAUACAGUAGAUAUUUAUAUAGUUUAAGGUGAUAGAUAUACAAUGCAGAUGACAUUGUGAAUACUGAUUGUCAUGGUCUUAAAUUACUGGUAAAUGAUGUAAAAGUGUCACUUCCUCUGUAUUAUAUAAGUUAUUUUCAGACUUUAUUUUAGUGUCCUGCAUAUAAGAUAGAUAGAUGUACAUUUACUUUAGUAGCACAUGUAUACUAUGUAUUAUGCACAGUAAUAAGUUUCUAACCAGUACUAAAACUUAACAUUACCAACAAUUGCUGUUACCAACUCUAACCAUUACAAACCCUUACCUCUACCAACAAAUACCAUUACCAACCAUUACCAUUUACCAACACUUCUCACCAUUACUAUGCAUUCCCAUUAUAAUACAUUACCAUUACUAACAGUUACUGUUAUUCAAGAAGCUUAUAAUUGUAACUAGGUAACAUGUGGGGGGUGGGGGAGUAUCAGUCACACCCCCAAGUGUUUAACUACAUGUACAUGUAAAUUGGGUACAAUACUUGUUCUAAUAUCUUAAACAGAUUUGUUAGUGCUGCUUACAAUCUUAAAUUUUAUGUACACAUAUGUUUUAUUUCAUGUAUUGUAUGGAUUUUUAGGUUUAGAGGCUGGAAGGAAAGGGUGGAAAUUUUCCCUUUUGUUUUUUUUUCUGUACCUAUGGUACCUGGAUGUGUGAGAGGGUUUGUAAAUGGAUGUAUCUACUUUACACAGUGCCUAAUAAUUUUUACAUAAUGAUAAUAAUAUUCCAAAAUUGUAUAGAAACUGCAAAAAUUUAUUAUUUUUAAGGUGCCCAUUUAAACAGUCCGUUAAUAAUGUUUGAAAUUAAAUUCAGUCAUGCAAACCUUUAAGAAAUGUUAAAUGUACAGUACUAGGGUUUAAGCACCUUAAGAUAACUACCUUAAUACUGGAUAGAUUUUAUUAUAGUACUAUAACAUGGUUGUACUUACAAUGCCUAAAAGAUUUCGCCAAUGUAAUAUUACAAAUUUGAGGCUAAGAAUAAUCAUUGUUACUGUAUUUUAUUUUUACUGGAAUCAAUUUUAUUACAGUAUUGUGGUUGUACUUACAGUGCCUAAGAGACUUAGCCAAAGUAAUAUUGAAGAGGCUGAUAGUUAUUGUUACUCUACUCUAUUUUAUACUGGAAUUUAUUCUAUAAUUUCAUAGGCUUCCAAUUCAAAUUAUCUAGUUUUAAUUUUUAAGUUUACAAAAUGUAUCAAUAGAAUCAGUUUCCUGUGUAAAAUGCCAAUCAAAGUGAAUUAAUAUUUUUAGGUACAGUGCAUUUGUGGCUUUGCAAACUCAUUACUGUCAAUUCCAUGACAAAUUUUAAAAAAAGUAUUAUUAUUAUUAUUUAUAUUACUAUGUUAAUAUUUAUAUUUGAUGUAAAUAUGCAUAUGUAUUCUGCAUUAAAUUGUAUAUAGACACUGUUACCUUACACAAGAUUUGUUGCAAUGAUGAUUAAUUCAAUAUGUAUUGUGCAUUUUUAUAUAUCUAAGCAUACCAAUUAUUUCAGUGCAUAUCAGAUAUAUAUAUAUAGUAACUAUUUUUAGCCACUGUAUACAUUAUGUAUAACAAUGUAUUAAAGACAAUGUGAACUUCACAUGUUUUCAGUAAAAAUGUGAGAGACUUGUGCUUCAUAAGAAAAAAAAUGGAAUAUGUACAGUAUGCAAUGGUGGCACCAGAAAAUUUGCAAAUAGGGGUUAUAACAAUUCUGAGAGGUCAAAACAAAGGGCCGCCUAGACCCUUGAUCAGGGUAAUGGAAUAAAAUCCCUGGCAAGUUUCAUGGGUAGAGAUUAUAUGGUUUAGGGUGGCCCAAAAUUGUGCUUUUAGACCACAAAAAAUAACUUUGUUUGGAUAGACAAAUAGUUUUAGUCCGAUGAUCCUGUUGUAGCAUUGGUGGAAACAGGCAAUACCUCAAUCCCGACUGGUGCCACCAGGAGAGUAAAAAAGGAUAGAAAACCAAUUUAGGAUUAAUUCUUGGGGAUAAUGUGAAAAUUAGUCAUCACAUUGAUUAGAAAUGACAAAAUCAAAGAACAAAAGUAGGAUUAAAACUCACAAUUAUAUUGUCAACAUCAAUAUAACUGUAUGUCAACAUCUAUUUUAAGAGCAUAUUAUGCUCUUAAAAUAGAUGUUGACAUAUAGUUUUAGUUAUAGUAUAUAAGUUUGUAGGAGUGUAGAAUAUGAACUAGCUCAUAAAUUGGACAUAUUUUAAGAAACUAAAGUUGGUUGGCUCUCUGUGCUAGUGCUUCACAAAGCGAAAAUAUCUGCUGAUUGUUUUUUAUUGUUACUUGGCAAAACAGCAUUUCAUUAAUUUGAUGUAUAUACAGUAUGAUUCGCAUUCUUAAAUUAUUGGCAUUCAUUUACCUAUUAAUUGCUUGUAAAAUUUGAAUGCUAAAAUUAUUCAUUAAAAGUAUUGAAUCAUGAAGAAAUUUGAAAUUGCUUAAUAUAACAUGUACUAUAAAAUUGAUGAGUCACCUCCCAGUAUUUGGUCCUUUAAAAAGAAUUAUAUUUAUAUUUAGGUUUCUCCAUUGGUUCUACUGUUUUUAUGAAGCUUAAAAUCAUGCUUCAGAGGAAAAAAUACCAACAAUUAUUUUUUUCUCUGGAGUCUGACAUUAAGGGUCUACUGUGUUUAUGAAGCUUCAAAAGGAGGAGGCUGUAACAUCUUCCACUUUAGGCCUAUAAACCAAAAUUUUAAUAACAUGCCCAUCCCCGCUUAGACUUGAGUCACUAAAGAGUUGGUUGUCAUUUUAGUAUCCCAUAAUAGUAAUAAAUUGUAGCAUUGUUCCUGAUGAUGACAUAGUAAUAAAUUGUAGCAUUAUUCCUGAUAAUAAAUUGUAGCAUUAUUCCUGAUGAUGACAUAAUUAAUGUCGAAAUAUUGAAUCCCAACACGAUGGCGUGUAUUUCAAUACUUGGAGUAUGUAUU